AUGUUUUUUGAUGAAGAUGUUUCUCAAGGUUCUAAUAAUGAAAACAUUAAAGAACCUGAACGAAAAAAUUCUACAGGCUUAAAGCCGUUAACUUUUCGUGAUUGUGUGCUUAGAGUUAAUGAAAUUUAUGAGAAGUCUACCAAUGUAUUGGAAGAUAAAGAUAAAUAUAAAGUCAUCCAACAAACGAUAAGACGUUAUUUUGAUGACGAAGAUCCUGAAGAUGUUUUUGAGGGUUUUCUGAAUCUAGUUAUUCAUUUGGAUAAGAUUACAACGUUAUUAGCAAAACAAUAUGAUCUGUCAUUGGUCAUAACUGCUCUCAAUUCCUACAAUGAUUUUCUUAUAGGCAAACCUGAAUUAAUUCAAAAAGCGCAGAAUAUUGAAGAUGUUGAAUUACUUACAAAUGCAUUAAAAAUUGUAUCAGUUCUCAAAGGGAAGCAUUUACAAUUAAUUGUAAAAACAUUUCACUUAAAUGAUGUUUCGAUGACUUUUGCUGCCUCAAAUAUGAUUAAUGAACUUCUCAUAGCUGAAGAUUUUGUAAAAGCUAUUCAAUGGAUGGCGCUUCUAAAUCUUCGGGAUCAUUACCCUUUUGAGCAGACUGUUUGCCGUCUUCUCCUUUUGGAAAAUGAUGAGUCUCUGAAACUUUUUGUUGGCGAGGCUGAAUAUAGGCACAAAAAGUUGUUGAAAAAGCUGGACGAACUUGUUGGUCUACACAUGAGACACCGGAAUGGAGUGGAUGAAUAUGAGAAUAGACUUAUAGCUGAUCACAAGAGACUUGUUAAACUUGCCAUUAAAUACGCGAAGAAGUACAAAACGCCUGACAGUGACAUUGCAAAUGUAAUGAUUCAACGUGCUUACGACGCUUUACUUUACAAUCAUUUUUGUUGGAAAGAUGGCAAACAUUCUUGGGUUCAUUUUGAAGAAUUAGCAUUGCCUCCACUAAGUCAGAGUGAAUUUAUUAGAGAAAAAUAUUUCAAUUUUCUGCUUGAUAAAGGUCUGGGCGAUAAGGCUUUGUAUUUUGCUCAUUUACUUAAACUUCCGGAGUCUCAAUACCCUAGAAGAUUGGCUUAUUUUAUGGAAACUAUACAGCCAAAUGAAAUUGACUCAAUUCGUGACAGCAUAACAAAGAAUCUUGAAAUUCGUAAACGAAAUCAAGAGAUUGAACAAGAAUUUGAUUGUUCUUUGGAUGAUGGAACGCCAAUUAUUCUGGUAGAUUCUUUAGAAUCUUUGGAUGAUGUUAUUGAAGUACUUCGAAAUGGAGGAGAGAAAUUAUUGGGAAUUGAUGCAGAAUGGAGACCACAUUAUCUUGCGGCCGAUGAAAAAAUUUCGUUAAUCCAAAUAGCCACCUCCAAAGUAGUUUAUAUUAUCGAUGUAUUACGUCUUGAAGUUGAAUUAGAAUUAACUGAAGAUGAAUGGAUCAACUUCUUUGAUGCUUUAUUUUGUACUCCAAAUGUUAAAAAAAUCGGUUAUGAUUUUAUUAAUGAUAUUCGAGUACUUAAAAGUACUUUCUCUUUUAUGUCAAAGCUUUUCCUGAAGUCAAAUAAUAUUAUUUGUUUAUAUAAAUUGUUUGGGCAGAUUGCUCUAGAUCCUGAAUUUUCCGAAGCCGUUUUUGGAGGCAAACCUCUAAAAAAUUUGGGUCUUUCUGAUGUUGCAAAUUAUUUUCUUGGAAUUCAAGUGGAAAAAAGUGAAAGGACUGGAAAUUGGAGUCAACGACCUUUACGACUUGAACAGAAGAAAUAUGCUGCAUUGGAUGCUCAUUGUUUAGUUGAAUUAUACAAGAAAAUUGCUCCUUUAAUUUUAAAAUUACGUGAAGAUCAACAAAAUUCUUUGCAAAAUUGUGCCUUAAUUAAAUUUAUAAAUGAAGAGGAAAAGAAACAACAAAAUUUUGUUCUAGAUGAUGGCCAAGUUAUGGCAUCACAUGAACUUAAUGAUGAAGCUACAAAUUCGUCAGAUAGUCCCUUAAAGUCGAUUAAUGAUGUCAGAUUUGUUGUUGAUUCAAUGCUUUUUGGAUUAGGCAAAGUUUUGAGAAAAUGUGGCUUCGAUACUCGAUUAAUUGGUGAUCGUAAAAAAAUUGUGGAAUUUUGUCAAAUGGAAAACAACAAAGAUUUUAUUGUUUUAAGUACCGGAAAAGGCCAUAAACAAUUGGAAACUUUAUUAAAUCCUGAAAGAGUUUUCUUUGUUCCUAUCAGUACAACAAGAGGAGCAACUAAACCUUCACAAUUAGUUAAUCAUAUAAUGCAUGAAUUGAAAAUUUUAAUACGCCCAGAAGAUUUGUGGUCAAGAUGUGUUGAAUGUAAUAAAAGAGCUUUUGUGCCUGUUCCAAUGCAAAUUAUUCAAUUGCUUUUUUAUAUGAAUGCUGUUCGACUUGGAGCGGAUUGGUUAGAAAUUUCUGAAGAGGAUUUGCAAGAUUGUUUCCAGAAAUUAAAACUUGAAAGUCAACAAACAAUUAGAAUUACACCAGAAAUGCAUAGUGGAAAACAUCCAAGGAAAGACAGAAGUUUAUUGGGUAACAAAAAUUAUUUUGUGUACGAGGACAACUGUUUUGUUAUUUGCGAGACUCGUACAUGCGCAAUUGAUAUAAUAAAUAAACUCAUAUUAUCUAAUAAUAGCGGAGGUCCAACCUCAAUUCAUGUUGGACUAAAAUAUAAAAAAGAAACGUUUGAAGAUGUAGAGUUAGAAUUCUUUGUUUGUACUGAGUGUGGUAAGGUUCAAUUCAACAAUGCGGGUAGUGACGAUUAG